AUAGUGCAUAUUUCGUAAGAUUUUCAUCGACACAUUUUUAAGUUAACCGAGUUUGUUUCACAUGGUUAUUUCUAAGAGUUGCAUGAUGAAUGUCAUAUAGUCCCCGCAACAUUUGCCGUUCAAUGAUAUGUUUGUGAUUGUGUCAGGUCUUUGGAUAGUAAUUCGGUAUUUUAUUUAUUCCAUAACUCGUAAAGAUACUGCAGAUAAGGCCGUGCAAGUCGAACUGUGUGAAGAGAAAGUGAAACCAAUUAUUGUUGAAAACCACACCAGGUCAUGUAGAACUUUAAACAGUGUUUCUGUGGACGAUUGCACUCCUCUGUGUUGCCAUCGACAGAAGUGUAAAGUUAAAUCUGUCUGUGUUGGAAGAAAGGAAAACAAGAAGAGACCUGCCCACUAUUGCAACAAGUCAUCAGAAUUAAUCCAUACCACACAAGAACCUAAAAUGGCAGAAGCUCCUACAAAUUUUACAGAAAUUCGCAAAGCGAACCCAAACGCUUCCACCUGGCUGCUGAACGCCAUGAACAAACCAGCUCAGACAACGACCAAUCAAAUGAAAGAAUGGCUUGACCACAUUGAAGUCAAAUGGUUUGAUGAAGCCAAUGCGAACAGGGCAGCAGUUAAUUCUCAGGUGUCGGAAAUGCUGACCCGUCACUUUGGAGCGGCAUCCAAUCCUUAUACAGUGUGUAUAUAUAUGAUCGAGCGAUGUCGAGACUUCUACACAGGUAAAACUACAACACUCUCGUUCUAUAUCAUGAAAGAGUUUGAGCGAUGGACCAGACAUACCAAGAAUAAAAUGGACGAUCUGUUGACACAGGAUAUUCGGUUUCACGCCUUCCUCAUGGCCACAGAACGUCACAUGACAUUGUUUGAUAUGGCCGUGAAAGCAUUUAAGCUCAGACACAUAGGAAAUGACUAUUUUCUUCCCGAAAUUAAAAAGUUCUUGGAGAAAGGAAAACACAAAGAGGCCUGUCACUGUGCUGGGAAGCUGGGAUUGCAGGGACACUUCUCCAUGGAAGAGAUAAUACUUCCGCUGCUUCUCCAGGACAAGGUCAACCUGGUGGAGUCGUACGUGAUCGGUAAUCCCGAGCAACAGAAGGCUGUGGUACAGCUGCUGGACCACCUGUGUGACCGAGAGACGGACAUCAACAGGGUCAUCGAGUCGGCCGGGGUUCAGAAUGUGAAGAGAGACAAGCUUCAGAAAAAGACGCUCAGUAAGCUGGCUGUCCGACUGAUGAAACUGUACCAGAUCCCACAAGAGCACUGUCCGAACAUUUCCAAUGCCCGAGGUGUUGGAGCUCUUAAAUACCUGAUGUACAAAAGAUACAUAGAGAAAACGUUUGGAUCUGGUAGCUGGGACGAAAUGGUGAAGAAUGCAGUGGGGGAGAAUGACUUCUUGAAGGAACAACUGGUAGAACAGCUCAUGUGUUACAACGAUCUCCCAGAAGCUGCCAAGUGGGCCAUGAUAUAUCACCUUGGUGAUGACAAACUGCCCCAUCCUGUCCGGGAAGCCAAGGAGAGGCUGGCCAGUGAGCAACCCGGAGAUGGCGCCACAGGAGGGUGGAAUGAUACAGGGGGAGAGAACUGGGAUGAUGACUGCUACACGGAGGAGGAUCUGAAGAAGUACUACCAUCCCCUGCGGGUUCCACACGAACAGAUCACGCUGGUCGACACUCGUGACAAGCUCAACGCGUGUGUGGCCAGACUUAGUGUGCCCGGCACAGUGAUUGGCAUCGACUCGGAGUGGAAACCUGCUUUUGCCGCACAGCCCCAGAGAGUGGCCCUGAUGCAGUUUGCUGUGACGGACCAGGUUUAUCUGAUCGACUGCGCUACGCUCAGGUCCACACUCACAGACCAAGAUUGGGCCGACUUCACGAGUCGCAUUUUCUGCAAUGAAGCCACGGUGAAGCUAGGUUAUGGCCUUGAGACCGACCUGUCCAUGUUCACCAAGACCUUCCCCAGCAUGAAGGAGCCACUGAUGAGGAUGAAGAGGGUCGUCAAUGUGGAGGACCUCAGCAAGCAGAUAUUUGGGGAUGGCCCAGUUGUUCUGGAUGAGUCUUCAUUCUUGUCUGAUGGCGAAGACAGAGGGUCUACAGGACGCCAGGAUGUGGAGGAGGGAGAAGUCGCCGUGAAGCUGUAUACUUUCUCCAAGAAGGAAGAGCGUGGCUUGAGUGAGCUGGUCAGACAGUGUUUGGGAAAACCCUUGUGCAAAGUGGAGCAGAUGUCCGACUGGGAGAAACGCCCACUACGCCAGGCACAGAUUGUGUAUGCAGCUCUUGACGCCUAUGUCCUGCUCGAGGUGUACAAAGUGCUGACCUCACAUGCACGGCAGUCAGGGCUGCAGGUUGACCUCGAGCCCCCUGUGUGUGCCAAGUGGUCGAAGCUUUCAAAAACAGACAAGAAGAAAGCAAAAGCAGCUGGGAAGAGGCUUGAACCGAGGGCACCGCCAGAAGCGUCCCGCCCCGCCCAGUCCGGCCCCCCGAUCUCCCCCCACCAGCUGAGGGUGGUCGUGGACACCAUGCUGCAAGGCCUCGGCAAGCACCUGCGCAGUUGUGGUGUCGAUGUCAUCAUCUUAGAGGCCAAUGACGACCAUGAGAAGGCUAUAGUGAUUUGUAAGGAGCAAGGCAGGAUAGCUCUGUCCAGUGGCUACCCUUACAAGAUGAUUCGGUCCCACGUGGGAGAGGCGAUGUGCUACAAUGUGGUCUGUCAAAAGGCAGGCGAUCAGGCCACGGAGGUCCUCAAACACUUCAAUGUCAAGGUCACACAGCAGGAUAUUUUCAGUCGAUGUCAGGUCUGUAAUGGAGAUGAGUACCUUGAAAUCCCAGCCUCGGACCUAAAGAUACUUUACGACAGGAAACAACAGCUCGAAUAUCAGAAAAGUCGAACUAAGACGACAAACAAUGUAGCCCUGUCUUCUAUGUUGGGCAGCAUGGCGGCCGACGGUGCCCACUUCCUCACACAGUACAGCGUGGACUGGGGCACGGUUACCGUGGUAACGAGCGGGGCUCCGCUACAGGUGGAAGCCGUACACAAGUCUAAGUUUGAGAGUGUGGAGUUGUUUUACUGUUGUGCGAACUGUGGCAAGGUGUUCUGGGAAGGAAGUCACUUCAGUCGCGUGUGUGACCAGUUCUCCCAUGUGCUCUCGCUCGAUGACAAUCAGACUGUGUACGAUCAGCUCAGAAAGCAGAGCAGCUAGAUGUUGAACCUCUUGUCCCUGGUAUUUACUUCAACACUAACUCAAGGAGGCAUGGAGUGUCUGACGCUUGUGAAAUAUGAUGAGGAAUUGCUGCAUCUCAAAUUAAUAAUAAACACAGUGAACCCCUAUUAUUCCUGAUGGUAGGGUUCUCAGUGAAAUUGUCCAGAUUUACACAUUUUUGGGUUAGUGAAAUCAUUGGUACGAAUGGUCCCAUGUUAACUGUUUUUGUGUCAGUUUCCUCUUAGCACAUCUUGGAAGUUGAGUCUCGGGUAAAAUAAUUUAACCUUCACUUAACCGUUUUCCAGUCAUGUAACCUAUAAUAAAGCAAAGGGAGGUUCAGUGAUGGUCCAGUUAACGUUUCAGACCAUGAGUUGAUGGUCCAGUAAACGUUUCAGACCAUGAGUUGAUGGUCCAGUAAACGUUUCAGACCACGAGUUGAUGGUCCAGUAAACGUUUCAGACCACGAGUUGAUGGUCCAGUAAACGUUUCAGACCACGAGUUGAUGGACAAGUAUACGUUUCAGACCACGAGUUGAUGGUCCAGUAAACGUUUCAGACCACGAGUUGAUGGACAAGUAUACGUUUCAGACCAUGAGUUGAUGGAUCAGUAAACGUUUCAGACCAUGAGUUGAUUGUCCAUUAAACGUUUCAGACCGUGAGUUGAUGAACAAGUAAAUGUUUCAGACCACUAGUAGAUGGACUAGUAAAUUUUUCAGACAACGAGUUGAUGGACUAGUUAACUUUUGAGACCACUAGUUGAUGGACUAGUUGUCGUUUCAGACCACUAGUUGAUGGACUAGUAAACGUUUCAGACCACAAAUUGAUGGACUAGUAAACAUGGUAAAUGUUUCAGACCACGAGUUGAUGGACUAGUAAACGUUUCAGAUCACGAGUUAAUGGACAUGGUUGAUGCAUGUCAUUGUAUUUUAAUUGUGUAGAUCAAUUCUUGUGAUGUCAAUCACUGGAUUGUCUGGUCCUGACUUGAUUAUUUAGCUGCAAUAUUGCUGAGUGCAGCCUUAAAAAAAAGCAAACAAAUAGUUGAUGGACCAGAUAACGAUACUGACCACAAGAAGACAAGGUGGUAAAUAUUUAUGAUGGGCUGGUGAAAUAUUUCCGACACUAACCAGCAUGAUCACGUAACAACUGACAUGGUAGUAAUUCACAAUAUGCACAACAAUGCACUUGCAUGAAGACUCCUGCCAGCCAUUAUCUGUGAACUCCGGAUAAAUCUUGUUGGUUGUGUCACACAAGUUCCAUUUGGGAGAACAUUUCUUUUUGUGUUUUGCGCGACAGUUGGACUGGUAUACAUGGUAUAUGAAAUGUAUCAGUGUCACGAGUCAAUCAGGUGUCCAUGCAUUACUUGUUUCCCCUGACGAUAUGAUACACAAUAUGCCUACCCAUAUGUCGAUUCAUGUUCAAUCUCAUUUAAAUCAAAUCUUAGUUCUUGCUACCGCUAAACAAAGAUCUGAGGACAUCCCAUUACGGGUCACGUCAGACUGACUUUUCGCGAACUUCGACCGACCAAUGGAAUGACUGACAA